AUGGAGACCGACAAUACAACAUUGGUUUCAGAGUUUCUUCUCACAGGGCUUAGAUAUCGACAGGAGUGGCAAAUCCCAUUAUUUCUGAUGUUCUUGACAGUCUACCUCAUGACCAUGAUGGGGAACCUCGGUCUCAUUGUUCUUAUAUGGAAUGACUCCCAACUGCACAUUCCCAUGUACUUAUUCCUUGGAAGUUUAGCCUUUAUUGAUGCAACGUUGUCAUCCACAGUGACCCCCAAGAUGCUGUUUGACUUUUUCUCCAAAAAUAAGAUCAUAUCAUUUACUGAAUGCAUGAUACAAUUUUUUUUCUUUGCUAUUGGAGUAACCACAGAAUGUUUCCUUUUGGCAUGCAUGGCAUAUGAUCGCUAUGUAGCUAUAUGCAAACCUUUACAGUAUCCAGUCAUUAUGAGCAAUAAACUAUGUUUUCGUCUCUCAGUCUCAUCCUAUGGAGCUGGCAUUAUUCAUGCUUUUCUUCACAUAGGUUUGUUGUUGAGAUUAACUUUCUGCAAUGACAAUGUAAUACCUCACUUUUAUUGUGACAUUGAGCCAUUGUUUAAGAUCUCCUGUACUGAUCCUUCCAUUAAUAUUUUGAUAGUUUUUAUUUUUGCUGGUUCAAUUCAAGUAGUCACCAUUAUGACAGUUCUUGUCUCUUACACACUUGUUCUCUUUACAGUCUUAAAAAAGAAGUCUUUGGAAGGUAUAAGGAAAGCGUUCUCCACCUGUGGAGCCCAUCUCUUAUGUGUGGCUUUAUAUUAUGGUCCUCUUCUUUUCAUAUAUGUACGUCCUGGAGAAGCACAAUCAGGUGGUCAAGAUAUGACAUACUCUGUAUUUUAUAUGAUCAUUAUUCCUUUAUUAAAUCCAAUUAUCUACAGCCUGAGAAACAGAAAAGUCAUAGAUUCACUAAUCAAAAUCUUAAAGAGGAAUAUUUAA